ACAGAGCGUCACGUCGUCGUCUGCGGGUCGCGAGUGUGCCGCUUAUCGUUUAUCGCGCAUCUGUCGCAUCGGUCGCAUCGUCGACACGGCACAGAGUCCUAUAUGUACACAUAGUAUAUAUUUGUUUGACCAAACACAUCAUGUCCGUCAUAAAACAGCGGUCCUCUUCACAGCGACCACGGCGGUGGUGCCAUCGGUGGACGACCGUCGCAGCGGUCAUCGUCGUCUUUCUGUCGGCCACAGGUUGUGACCCUGCCGGGGCCGAGGGACGUCGCGUGUACACCGCACCGUUAGACGAUACGGGCCGGACGGCCGUCUACUGGACGGUCGACUAUGGGUCGCGGACCGUAAAGUUCGAAGUGCACUUCGCGGCCAGUGGCAGCCCGUUCGAUUGGUUCGCGGUUGGCUUCUCGGGCCGGGGCAACCACUCUGGAGCCGAUUUCUGUAUCAUGUGGGUCGACUGGAAAGGCGUCACUGGCAUGUUGGAUACAUGGACUGACGAUGCUGGAAGAAUUUCGGUGGAUGAGCGACAGGAUUGUGAAGAGUUUGAUGUGGCGCGAUUUCACGGAGGUGGGACUGCUUUGACAUUUACUCGAAGAUUUGAUACGUGUGAUGACGACCGCGAUUAUUUAAUCCAAGAUGGUACCACUCACAUUGUGUGGAUGGUGGGCGGUGGUCCAUUAUUUGCAGUAGAAGGACUGUUGGUGUCGCAGGCCAGAGCGAAGGGUAUGCAAAGAGUUCAGUUAUUAAAACCGGAAACACCACAAGUCCGAUUACCGGACAAAGUGUCCAAAAUAGAUGUGUUGACAUCCAAGGUAAAUGUUCCCGAGGAUGAGACGACGUAUUGGUGUCACGUGAUGAAAAUUCCUUUGGAUUUAUCGUUCAAACAUCAUAUCGUCAGGUUCGAGUCGGUUAUUGAAGAAAGCAGUCGAGGUGUAGUGCAUCACAUGGAGGUGUUCCAUUGCGAAUCCAGUGCUGACAAUCGGAUACCACUGUACAGCGGUCCUUGUUUUUCGGAAAAACGGCCGUAUAAGACGCAAGUGUGCAAAAAAGUGAUGGCUGCCUGGGCUAUGGGUGCAGCUCCUUUCGUGUAUCCCGAGGAGGCUGGACUACCCAUCGGAGGUCCUGAUUUCAAUAGCUAUAUCAUGUUGGAAGUACACUACAAUAAUCCUGGGCUAAGAAAAGGUAUGGUAGACAGUUCUGGCAUACGGUUGUACGUAACGCCGGAUGUGAGAAAAUACGACGCUGGAGUGAUCGAACUGGGCUUAGAGUAUACAGACAAAAUGGCCAUACCGCCUAAACUAGAGGAUUUCACGUUGAGUGGCUAUUGUAUUGCUGAAUGCACGGCUGUGAGUAUCCCUUCGGCUGGGAUUGAGAUCUUUGGCUCACAAUUACACACUCAUCUUACUGGCACCAAGAUCUAUACAAAACAUGUACGGGAUGGACAAGAAUUGCCGGAACUUAACAGGGACAAUCAUUACAGUACGCAUUUCCAGGAAAUUCGUUUACUUCAUAAACCAGUGCGAGUGCUUCCUGGAGAUGCAUUAAUAACUACGUGCCAUUAUAACACCGAAAACAGGCAAAAUAUUACACUCGGUGGUUUUAGCAUAACCGACGAAAUGUGCGUCAACUACGUAUAUUACUAUCCAAAGAUAGAGUUAGAAGUGUGCAAAAGUUCAAUAAGUGAUCAGAACCUCAAGAGCUAUUUCAAAUUUCUGAACGAGUGGGAGCGACAGCGGACGUCGCCCGAGCAGGCGGUGAGUGUCAACUACAACGAGCCCGAGUGGACACCGAUGCGGAGUCAGGUGUUGCACCAAGUAUACGAACAGAGUACGCUGUCCAUGCAAUGCAAUAGAAGCACAGGCGAACGGUUCCCGGGUGACUGGGAGAACAGGCCGUCUACUAAAGUGUUGUACACGCUGCCGCCGCCAGCCAGGAGCUGCAGUAGAGUGCCGUCAUCCUCAUAAUUUCGGUGUCUUAUACUCCUGUAUUAUUACAUAAGUAGAUACCUGAAAAACCCCUCUCUAGGGGCAGCACCCUCCUCGUUGACGACCUCGAAUUGGUGUGCCCAUUCAGCGCGAUCCAUUUAGUGGCUACUAAUUGAAUAAUUUUUAUCGUUCAUAGCAUUUAAUAGUAUAUUAUACAAAGAACAGUAUUCUGCUUCCAAUUAUAAUAAUUAAAAAUGCGUAGAUAUGUUGUCGUUAUAAAUAUUCAAAUACUUAAAAAAUAUUGAAAUGUUAGGUUUUUUUGUAAGAAUUCAGUGUCAUAAAUAAAAACAAAGACUAAACUAUAAUAUUAAAUAAUACAAAAUACAAUAUUUAAUUUCGAAGUCAUCAAAAACGACAAAGAAAAUUACAGUGUCUCUGGUUAUUAUAAAUCAAUCAUCAUCUCAUAUAACUUAUAUACCUGCAUACGUUUCAUAACUUUAUGUUUAUUAAUCAUAAUAUUAUGUUGUUACCAUUAACUAUAUUUUAACAUCUGUGACGUCUUUUAUAAUAAAGACUAUGUAUUAUUAUUAUUACACUAUAUAAGAUAAAAGGUAGUACAUCAUCAUCUUCAUCACCCUUUUGCGCUUACAAUGGACUUUUUCAAGAAUACGAAAUAUAUUUUAUGGAUGUGUGCCCUACGUGUAAUACCUAUUAUAUACCUAUAUCUACAUAUUUUACCUAUUUCUUAUUCACCAUAACAUUAUAUAACUGUUUAAUAAAUGAAGAAAACACCAUAAAAUAUUUUGACACCACGCAUAGAAAUUACAACGAAUCUAUUUUUCAAACUAUCAUGAUUUGUAACACUAUUUUGUUUUUCGACAGUCCAAAAUGUCAUGAAAAUUUUUUUUUACUUCUUUCGCGUUUCAGUGUUACCGAUAAUUGUAGUGUAUAAUUUAAUAUAGAUUAAGUUUUAAAAUUUCGAUUCUGAUGCAAAGCUUUAAAGACCACAAUGCAGUGUUAAUAUUAUGUUUUAGGCUAAGAUUUGGGUAAUAAGCAAUGAAUUCAUUUUUUCGUCUUUUAAAUUUAAUAAAAACUGUGAAUAUAUUAUUUCAAGUAAGUAACACAUAAUAUUAUUAAACACAGAGUUUAUAUAUAUAUAAAAAAUAUAUUCAAUAGAUUUCCAUAUUUUUAAAAAAUGUUAUGAUUAAAUACACAAAUAAACAUAUUUAAUAAAAUACAAUUUUUAAUCAAUAUUAUAAACAAUACCUACAAUCGGGAGUAGUGAAUAAGAACAUUUUGGUUGCUAACCACAAUAAUUAAAUUGUUCUGAACUACAUAUGGCCCAGAGUUAUAAUACAUAAAACUAUUAAUCGUUAAUUAUUAAACAAAUAAUAUUUAAAUAAUAUUACUUAAAUUUAAAUAUUUAUUUUAUUUAAUCUAU